AUGGCCGCCGCCCUGAGGGCCCAAACGCUGACCCUCACAGUCCCAAAGGCCCGUCGUAUCUUCGACCUCAACAACGUUCCCCUGGUUUCCGAGCGUAUCACUCUGGGAAACAUCAAGCUCAAUCUUGCCGAAUACGUUGACACCAAUGAUCAUGGCCACGACUCUGAAGAAGGCGUCACCCGCCGCUACCUUAUGCAGGACAGCAAGAUCAACAGCACUCUGAAAGUCUCCCUGCACCUCAAGCAUCUCGAGGGUGAUCGAAAUUACUAUGCGUACGUUUCGAUCUGGAGUCGUACUGCCAUUGUACUGAAAAACAGCAUAGUNCCUCCAUUACGCACUGCUCCUGUCUUUGGUGGCAUUGCUGGCAUAAUGUCUUCCGAGGUUACGGAAGCCACCGAAGAGGGCAGUACCAUGCCUUCCUUAUCCAACAAGAGCCGUGAACAUGGCGAGUUGCAAGACAUCCAACUACUAACUCGCGACCGCAGNGAACUACGAGCCGACGACUGUAUCAAGGACAUCUUCGCUGGUGGCGAUGGCUGGGGCUCCCACCUCGACCAUGUCCAGCACGACCACCAACCCAAACCCAGCAGCGACGAGGAAAAGCCCCGCUGGACCAGUCUGAACCCAAUAGACCAACCCUCCAAAUCACCACGGUCUAAAAGUCCUUCGCAUGGCCACCACCGCAACACCAGCAAAGAAAGCGUGCAAUCCGACAGACGAAAGGGCUUUGAUGGCUGGUCCAACAAGGACGGCUCUUCCACUGGCAAUCUAAGCAAACACGGCACUUUUGGAGGCCGAACUAGUCUGCAUCAGCAAGCCAUGAAGUUGGAGCAAGAGUCUGCAAAGCGCAAGCAGAAACUUGGUCAUAAUGAAAUUGACGAGUUUGAUAAUCCAUGGCGAGAAGACAUGAUAUCGUGGAAAGUUGGCAGGUCAACUAUGAUCUAG